GCGUCGUAGACUCAAUGGUCCAGACCAGAGCCCUACAAUGGGGGUGGCGGACGGAGGCCCCUCCAGGGUCGAUUUGAGCCCGCUAUUUAGAGGGCAUGAACACCCUCGAUCCAAACCGUCUGUUCAUUCAUCAGUCAAUCUCUUUCCAACAAACAAGAAAAAAGAAAAAAGAACCAGUCGGUUGUGUAUAACAAUCCACUGUAACUUACAUUCCUUAUUCUACCUAUCAUAGUCGGUACUUGAGUGUAUCGACAGCCUUUCCUUCUUGUCCAUUCCAAUUUUGAACACAGCCCUCGCUUGACGCGAAGGAACAUCCCACCCAACGAGUCAACAAAGACAUCCACUCUCUGAAAAGCGAAUCGAUCAAGAUGCAAUUCAUCACUCACUCUCUUUUCUUGCUGGCUACCCUCGGCACUAGCGCUCUCGCUAUCCCUCAAGGCAACGAGCGUCGUCAAUGGAGCUGGGGUGCCUCGACCACCAGCUCCACCGUCGCCUCCGCAACCGCUUCCUCUUCGGCCUCUUCCUCCGAUUGGACCUCCAUACCGUCUAGUGGAAGCUACUCGACCUCCGGCUUUGGUGCCAGCACCUCCUCAUACGGUUCCGGUAACACCUAUCAAGGCAACGUCGGCAACCCCUGGGGCAGCAACAUCAUUGAGGUCUCGGCUGAUGAGGCUUCCUCGUACGAAUACGUGAUGCAGAUCUCUGGACAGAACACAGAAGACUGGAUCGUCGUCUUCUGGAACAAGUACGGCCCCGAUGGCGCCAUGGACGGCUGGUACGGCCACUCCGCUCUCAGCCUCACCCUGGCCGCCGGUGAGACCAGGUACGUCGCUUUCAUGGAGAACUCCAACGGUGGCUUCGGAGCCGCCCAGGGCAGCAGCCUCCCCACCGACAGCUACGGUGGCUAUGCCAGCACCUGGGGUGAGUUCGACUUCGGCUCCGAUGCCAACAACGGCUGGUCUGGAUUUGAUGUCAGUGCCAUUCAAGCCCAGGAUGCCAGCAUGACCGUCCAAGGCAUGAAGAUCUGCGAUGCUCUGGGCAGCACCUGCUCCUCCAUCACCACCAAUGCUGGCACCGUCGAUAAUGCCUACACCUCCGCCGAGAGUGCCGUAGGUGGCAUUGGAGGAAACCUUGCGAGCGGCGCGGUCCGCCUGGCCGUCACUAUCGAUUACAGCGGAUAGAUAUUGGUCGCCUGAGCUUUGAUGCUUUCCUAGUCUUUCCCUGAGAGAGAUUGUUGGUCCACCUGGACUGAGGUAUAAACUUCUGGCUGGUAUAGAUAAAAAUGUCCUGGAUAGACAAAAUGAAUUAUAGACCGUCCUCAUCGAAUUUAUUGUUUUGGC